AUGACCACCUCAGAAGACCAAACAACACCCGCCCACCUCGACCCAAAAACCUACCCCCGGCACCUAACCGACCCAACCCAAAACAUCCACCUGGAACUCACCUACUCCCCGCUCAACGCGCAAUCCGCGUUGGACAAGAUUUCCUCCCCCGCCGCCGGCGCAAACGUCCUCUUCCUCGGCACUACGCGAAAUACCUUCGAGGACCGGGCUGUCUCACAGCUGAGUUACACGGCGUACCCGCCGCUGACGCUGAAGACGCUAGCGGGGAUCGCGCGGGACGCGGUUGCGAAACAUGGGCUGACAGGGAUUGUGAUUGCGCAUCGGCUGGGGGUGGUGCCGAUUCGGGAGGCGAGUAUUGUGAUUGCGGUUAGUUCGGGGCAUCGGAGGGCGGCGUGGAGGGCUGGGGAGGAGGUGUUGGAGAUUUGUAAGGAGAAGGCGGAGAUUUGGAAGAGGGAGGAGUUUGUGGAUGGGGGGAUGGAGUGGAGGGAGAAUAGGGAGAGGGAUGGGGAGGGGAAGAAGGUUGUUGUUUCUGAAAAUUGA